CUUCACCACCAGAGCGCCUCUUCCGAGCGCUUCAACUCACAUCAACCCAACUUUACGGACAAAGCGAAAUCUACCAUAGGACUCUGAAGUGCGUCGCCGGCAACCAUCGUACGCGACCGCAAUCAUGGCUCCGAAAAAGAAACAGGAGAAGAUGGCCCUAGGCGACUUCCUGACGAACCAGUCGUUGGGAUCAUGGGCCGACGAGAUGGACUCGCAGCCACUGCCAUCCAUGGCCUCUACUUCCUCGUACGGCGGAGCACGCGACCGCGAUCGUGGCGACGGACUGGGCGAGCGACGCGCCUUCACUCAGCCAUCGUGGGAGCGUGGCACUGGCGGUGGAGUUGGCGGUGGUAUGGGAGGUGAUCGCAUGGGCGGAAGCAUGGGAGGACGAGGUCCGAGCCACGACCGCCCGCGGUUCGAACGCGAGGCUGUUCCCUUCCCAGCCAAGCCACCGUACACUGCUCAUCUUGGAAACCUUGACUACAAUGUCACCUCCGCCGAUAUCGAAGACUUCUUGGCCGAUUGUGAAGUUACUACGGUGCGAAUCAUGGAGGACAAGGUCGACCGCAAGCCAAAGGGUUUCGGAUACGUCGAAUUUGGGUCGGCAGAUGGUCUGCGCAAGGCUCUCGACAAGACCGAGGCCAGCUUCAUGGGUCGCAACAUCAAAAUCAGCGUAGCUGAUCCACCGAGAAACGAUGCUGGCUCCAAUCGCGAUUUCUCAGACUGGAGCCGCAAAGGCCCACUACCAGAUCUGCCCCAGCAGGGUCGUCAGCCCUCACGAGGCUUCAACCGAAACUUCGACAAUAUGUCCGAUGCAGGCAGCGAGCGUGGCGGCCCAGGCGGUCGCAAGCCCGGAUUCUUCGAAGGUGACGGCAAGGUCCGUGACUUUGGUAAUUGGGAACGCAAAGGUCCACUCUCUCCAGUUCCAGGACAAGCAGCACCGAUGGGACGUGAUGGAGGGAGACAGCGUGAAGGAGGCCCACCUCGAGACCGAAGGCCCAGCCCAUCCUGGGGUGAGGGCCGAUCAGAUGCCGGUUCGAGACCACCACGUAAAGAGUACGAACGACCACAAGUCGACCGCGUACCAACCGCAGCAGAGCAGGACAGUCAGUGGCGCUCAAAGAUGCGACCAGAUCCAUCUCCAGCUGCCACGCCUGAUGUUUCCACACCAACAUCACCAGCACAGCCAGAGGCGCCAAAGGAGCGACCAAGGCUUAACUUGACGAAGCGCACGGUGUCGACAGCGGAACCGGGAGCAGCAAGCAGCACUCCAUCCGACUCGAAGGCAUCACCGUUCGGCGCUGCACGCCCUAUUGAUACUGCAGCUCGCGAGCGUGAGGUUGAAGAGAAGCGACAAAUUGCGAUCAGAGAGAAGGCAGAGGCCGACGCCAAGGCCAAAGAAGAGAAAGCACAGCGUGAUACUGAACAACGAGCAGCACGCGCAGAACGAGCAGACCGAGGACAGGCAGAGCAAGAAGGCGAGAAGCCUAAGGAGAAGGAGAAUGGCGAGACUGCGCAAGCCCAGCGGCCCAAAUUCAACAUCCUCCAGCAUGAGGAAGAUGGCGAGGGCCAGAGCCUUGAUACACCUGACGCACCGGCCAACGGCACAAUUGUCGCCGAUAAGGAGGUCAAGCCACAGGAGCCAGUCGUCCCAGCCGGACAGGCAGCCGAGACUUCGGCUGAGGCUCUGGAAGACGAUGGCUGGAGUACUGUUCCUGCCAAGUCUAAGACUAACCGCCGCGGUGGUGGCAGAGCUAUUGCGUCUUAGAAAGACUCAGUGAUGAAAAUUCUGCCGCGCCCCUCAGUCAAGAGUGGGAUUUGAGGAUGCAAGAUACCUGCAUAGCGACAUUGGAGCGCAAAAGCAUGAUCACCAGUCAUUUGCAGCCAGAGCUCCUUCUAAGCGCUGCACUUGAGCUUUGACCUAUUACCUGGCAUUGAUGGAGGAAGCCUGCCACUUCUUGACGUCUUCUGUAUAGAUAUUCUGCGGGCCACUGUUAAUCACAUCUCAGCUUGUUCAAGCGACCUGCACACGAUUCUCUUGGUCAAAUUGGUAGUGCUGGGAGUAGGCGUUGCGAGCGAUGGCGGAGGUAGGUUCACGAAAAUGGGGAAUAUCAAGGCCGAACACAUGAUGAGGGCUAGACGCUCUGCUUUAUACGAUGGCGAUGUGAAAGAAUGAUUUUCAAGUUCAAAUAAUACCUG